CAGCCACUCCCAGACUUUUAAGGCCCUGAGCUCAGCUAACGGUCCCCUGACUCUCCUCGAGUCUGGAUCUCAGUGCACACAGCCAAAGUGGUACACACACCUCCCUAGACCUUAUCUCAGGCCAGCCGUCCAGACUCCAGCCCCCCUGAAGGUGAGGCCGCGCACCUCUGGAGUCCUAACCUAAAAGACCCCUGGUGAGACCUGAACUUUAGGUGAGUACAUCUCUUUCCUCUGAGUCUUGCAUGGAGGUUUUGCUGAUGUGAUGCUUAAAUCUCUCAGAUUUCAGCCUCUGUUUCUAAUUUACUCUGCACGAGCCCCCUCCUCGCAGCAGCUUGGAGUCAUAUGUGGAUUUUGUUGGACAGGAAUGGCUUACUUACUACUUUACUGAAUUCUUCACAUAAUUGUAGACAAAAAAAGGCGGUCAAAGGGGCUGCACAAAUCAGGACACUGUUCAGAGGUUAUAUCACAGUCUUUUGUGAAAUAAAACUGGAUCAAACUGGGAACCAGAAGCGCACAAGACACAAAUCUGCAGCCUUUGAUCCUCAUGACUGAGCUGUUUAUUCCCAUUAGUCAUGUCUCUGUUUGUGUCUGAGUGUCUGUGCAUGUGGUCAGUGAACUCCCUGAAGAAGUAAUAAAAAAAUAAAAAACUGGCCUCGUAUGACUCAUCCUCUCAUGAGCAGAGUGCCAGUUCAAAACACUGAAGCAUGGCCCUAAAAAUAAAGCAACAUAAUGGGAUCUAAUUGCAGCUUCAAAGCUCGGAUGAGGUCGUGUUAAACUUUCAAAAGUAGAAGGUGACAAACUUGGAUGGAGAGUAGAAAUGUCUUUGACGUGGCUCCGCAGUGAAAAAAAAACACACACACACAUGGGUUUGUGGAGGAAAGUGCUCCGCAGUGGAAAAACAAACCUCUUUCAUGGUCAGAGUUUUUGAAGUCGGGGUGUGAUAUUAAACUCUGAAGCAAGUGUGAAUACAUUCCUUGCAUCGUGUCCGUCAUACUGUGGUGAUGGCUCUGUAUAAUUUCUCAUAAACUUGCGGCAGUGGGGGAGGCUGCCUGUGAGGGUUGUGAAAGACAUUAAACCCAAGAUUAGACUGUGUUGUUUCAAGAAACAAUGAGAGGAAGGGAUAGCUGUUCGGCCGAGAUACAAGGGCACAGAUCUCAGAAAACAUUCCCUGUUUGGAAGUGUUGGAUUCACGUUUAUCAGUGAUAACAGAUAUAGCUGGAGCUCAUCAGCUUUUAUGGAUAAGCAGAGAGUCUGCAGGGACUUUCUUGAUGUUUAGCAUAUCUAAUCUACCUCUUAUGAAGCGCAUUUGAAUCCUGGUUGAAGACACUCCUUGUUGUAUUAACAGAUCUGGUUCUGCAGAAAUGCAACAUAGAUAGUGCCUCUGUCUCUUCAGGCCGCUCUCGCUGAUCCACAUCAGGGAUAAACACUGGUUCUUAUAUUAACGAUCAGACAGAUGAAAUCCCAAAACAGGAACCCUGAAAGUCAUACCUCCAUCUGAGUCAUACAUGCACAAACGCCAGCACUUAUGCAAGGACGGUGGUUGGUUACUUCUGAAUUGUUUCAUCAUAAAGCGCAGCAGCUUUGUGCAGCCUUUGCGUUUCUUUACUCAGAGUUAGAUCUUUGUCAAAUUGAUUUAUUAAAGAAGAAGGGAACUGGAAGAGAGGAGGGUGAAUGACAUGCAGCAAUGCGCCGAUAUCAGAAUCAUCACAUGGGCCUUCAUAAAAUAUAGAGUAUCAAGCACACUUAGUUACUUUCUAGCACAGUAAUAUCUACAUAUUUGCAGAUUCACAGUUUCUCUGGUUUAAAGCUCCUGUGAGGAACUUUCAGUUUGUCUCAAUUUUGGCGCCCCCCUGUGGACAAAGCAGUCUUUGUAUGUCUUGUCCUUCAGUAAUCUUCUAAUAAAAGAAAUUACCAUACUGACUUUUGGUUGUCAAAUUAAUAUUCACUGUGAAUAUUUUAUGUGGGAAUCUGACACCUGCGCUCUCUCUCCUGCUGGUUUCAGGAUCAUAAAUUACAGUGAAAAAAAUCUUUAAUCUUGUCGCUGAUGAUCUUGUUUCCUUCUGUGUAUCAUUAAAAUGCAUCAACAUAUGUUUCUAAUUUAUUUCAUAAGCAUAAAAAACUAGUAUGACAAUAAAGUUGUAAUAAAGUAAUUAUUACGACUUUAUUCGUAAAGUUGUUUAGGUCGUAAUAAAGGACUAUUACUACGACUUAUUCGUUUAACAAAGUGAUUGUUGUGAUUUAUUUUUUGUGCAGUCUGUUUUCAGACGUCUGAGUGUGUGCAGCAGUCUGCAGACAGACUCAUAGACUCGCUGCUCCGCUCAUGCCUCUCAGUCUUCUUGACUUGAAUCGAGCGAACGCAGAUUGAUUGUGUCAGAAAGUGCUGAGUCAUUGAAAAACCCUCAAGAGUUUGUGCUGAAUCUUCUUGAUCCUCACAGAUUUGAUUCAUGUCCUCUCUUCCCGUUCUCAUUUAUUGUCAUUUUAAUGGAACCGGGCUGUGAGCCAGCAUGCCUGCAGACUGAAGCUGAAGCUGCAUGCAGUCUGACACACACAUGCUCAAAUGUCGAAUGACAAACAGCUUUAGUUUUAUCUGUAACUUUCUCUAUUCAAACCAGGUGUUGAUAAAACUCUGUUCCUCAAACCUUCAGCUAAAAAUCGAUCAUUCAUCUCUAAUGUAGUUUUUGAUUCAGGAGGAUCUGCUGACUUCUGCUUUUUCUUGACAGUCUAUGUUCAUUGGCAUGAAACCAGAAUAGAAAUGGAUCCUGAAGGCCCUCGUAAGUAAAUAUUAGAUCAUCAGAUUCAACGUGAAAGCGUCUGAAAAAUCCAAACAUCAUAUUUACGGGAAGUAUGGCAUGAGGCUGACCUUUGACUUCUACUGGACCCUGCUCAGGUGUCAAAGAUGACCCGCACAUUAAGAUGAUGAUGGCGGGGUCGACUCUGAGAAAAGUGAAGUCUCGCUCGUGGAAGAAGCAGCGACAUUUUCGCCUCCUGGAGGACGGCCUGACCAUCUGGUACAAGUCCAGAUGGGCGGGGAAAGGACACACCACCUGUAAGAGCUGAAGCAAGACUGCAGAGACACUUGUAUCUCCACAGUAAAGCUCUGAAUGAAUUAAAAACUUCCAGAAAUGAUUAAGUGAAUCAAAUCUAGCAAAAAAAUUAAACAUUUAAUGACAUUUUCUUUCCCCCCCGUUUUGUUUCAGUCUCAAUCGCAGAGAUAGAGGCCGUGCGUGAAGGCCACCAGUCGGAGGUCCUCCUGUGCAUCGCUGAAGAGUAUCCCGCCAAUCUCUGCUUCACUUUGGUGUUUCAAGGUCGACAAGGAAACCUGGACCUGGUGGCCGACUCUCCAGAGGAGGCCCAGGCGUGGAUCCAAGGAGUCCGUAAGCUGAUUCACAAGGCAGAAAACAUGGACGAGAAGGAGAGGCUGGACCAGUAUCCUUUUUACUGAAGAGGAUCAUCUCCUCUGAUUGAUCUCUGAUCAAACCGCCAGCUCUUCUGUACAAACUUGAGAAAGUUUUCUUAAAGUUGGAGUUUUUUUCUGGACAAGCUUUUAUUGAUUCUCACAGCAUUGAGUAGAUUAACAACGAAAGAAAUAAAAAUCUGAAUCGCAGAAGUUCAACAGCUUUUUUCCGAUUUAGUUUUGGCCUUGUGAGAAAAACAAAUCGACCACAUCAAACAUGUAAACAAAUCUUCAGUUUUCUCGAACAAUGUUUGUGCUGCCAGUUUCCCAUAAUUCAUUGGUCUGUUUCCCUUUUUCUGUUUGUAAGAAGAAAAAACAAAAAGUUGCCUCUAAAUUUUAGAAAAGAUGAGAUAUGAUAUUUACCACAUUUUCAAACUGCCAUUGGCAAAAUGACUGACGCACAACAGAAAAAGAAACCCAACUUAGAAAUUACAUUUAAAACAGAUUAAAAAACUGGAUCAGCCCUCUAUGCAAAAAUAAAACUCUCCAUUCAAGCAGAAAACUUUACUGUAGUUUGUGUUUGGGGAAAUGAGUUUUUUUUUGUCUGCAGCUUCACAAUGACACUGAGCGGCUGUUUUCCUCAGCAGCAUUUCCUCAGGUGGGUCUGGGACUGGUUCCAAAAAGCCGACAAAAACAAAGACGGGAAGAUGAAUUUCAAAGAGGUGCGGAAACUGCUGAAGAUGAUGAACGUGGAGAUGAACGAGGACCACGCUCUGCACCUUUUCACGGUGAGUUUUCAUGAUGUUUAGGACGAGAAGGAAGAGAGUAAUCCAGAUAAAUUAUUGCAUUUUUAAGAAGGGUCAAAUUCCGAAAUGUCACUCCAGUGUAGAUCUUGUCAAUGUCCAGCAUAUGAAGCUACACUUUAUUUCCACAGAUGGCUGAUAAAUCAGGGAGCGGUGCCUUAGAGAUCGAGCAGUUCGUCCAGUUUUAUAAGAUGCUGACUCAGAGGGACGAAGUGUGGAAGGUGUUUCAGGAUUACUCUGCAGAUGGAGAGAAGUUGAUGCUGGAGGAGCUGGAGAACUUCCUGAUGUUGGAGCAGCACGAGGGAGAGAGGAGUUCCCAGCAUGCACAAGAGCUGAUCGAUCACUACGAACCAUCUGAAUCAGGUAGAAAACUUAAGUGACAGGAGUGAGAGGGACGAGUGAUUAUUUCUGAGGUCAGGCUGGACUUAAUGGAGAGAGAAAAGAGCUGUUUCAGGCGGUUUCUCUUCGUCUUCUUCAUCUUUCAUGCAUCCUGUGGUUGUUCUGCAUUAACUGUAGAUUUCUUAUCUGAUGGUUUUGAUUUGAAAUCUUCUAAAUUGAAGCUUUAAUGUUAGAUAUUUAACCUGUUUUAAGUAUUUCUUUUUGCUGAAUAGCGCACAUAUUUAUUUCAUUUUUGCUUCUGGAUUAUCUGACAGGAAUAUAAUCUGAAUGAGAGGAUAAUUUUACUGGCUCUGCAGGACAUCUGUGCACAAUUACAGUGAAAAAGACAGAAUUUACUGGUUAUUAUUUCAGCUUUAUUGAUGCCAAGAUGCUUACUGUUAGUGAUUUACAAGGAAUAUAGUUUUUGGAUAUUUGCCUCAAAGGACUGGAGUAAUUUUGGUCUCAGUUAUGAUGCUUGAUUUAUAUCCAAUCCCUUUAUUUAUAUAGCACACUACUACAGUGCUGCUGAAAACAUCAAGAUGAAAUGAAUAAAAGCAAGCAAAAAAACAAAAAACAUUUAUAAUAAAUGAAAUAAAGGAAAUAAAAACGCAAAACGUAAAAGACACAAAAGGACAGAGAUCACACAAACUCUCUGCGGAGUGAAAAGCCAAGGGAUAAAAAUGAGUUAGAGUUUAUACUAGAAGGAUCCCAGAGGACCAGAGCAUGCCCAGAAGUAAUGUUUGGAUUUUAUGUGAACGAGACGAGGGGAUCUCCAAAGACCAUGAACGUCAACACAAAGUUUUAAUGGUAUCCAUAUUAAGCUUUCUGAGAAGAUGGUUAAAAAACAACAACUCCUAAUCAUCGUCAUCCUCAAAAACUGCACAGCUGACAUUACCUUCUAACCUGCAGACUCUCUGAUUGCACAUUAGCAGUAAAUAUAAGCAGAAUUUUAACUGGGUGUUAAAGAAAAUACUUUUGGUAUCUUAUAUCGGUAACCCUUUUUUUAACGGUACACUUAUUACCAGGUAAUUAACAGGUAAUUACUUAGUAACAACAUGAAAUUAUCUGGUAAUUACAUGAUAACUACUAAGUCAAUACUGUCUAGCUACCAGGUAGGUAUCCUUCCAUCAUCAUACAAAUUUGAAGCCGAAUUGCUCUGGUAUUUCAAGGAUUUUCUUCGCUUCCUGGAACCACCACUUGCACAAUAGCAUUGUACGCAUUCGGCGGGUGAGUCGCUGUGAUAAUGCUCGGCUCAAACAGCGUAUCGCUACGCAAUCUUUGCACGCUCAUAGGCUGUAUCAGGUGUCAAUCAUAGAAAAUAAGAACCCCGAAUAGUUUUUGAAAAUUGAGCUGCACAGAAAAAAGAAAGAAAAAAAACUAGACAGUAUUGACUUAGUAGUUAUCAUGUAAUUACCAGAUAAUUUCAUGUUAUUACUAAGUUAUUACCUGUUAAUUACCUGGUAAUAAGUGUGCCGUAAAAGAAAGGGUUACCCUUAUAUCCCGUCUGUAAAUCAGUGAUUCCUGUAACAACAGCCUUUCAUGAAGAGUAAACGGAGAGUUAAAUCCUUUCGACUUUACUCUCCUGCUGUAUCGUUCCUUCUCUGCAGCCAAAAAGCAAGGCGCCAUGUCAUUCGAUGGCUUCCAGAUGUACCUGUGCUCACAGGAGGGCUCCAUAUUCAAACCCGAGCUACGAGGUCUUUACCAGGACAUGAGCCAGCCGCUCAGCCACUACUUCAUCUCCUCCUCACACAACACCUACCUCCUGGAGGACCAGCUCCGAGGACACAGCAGCCUGGAGGCCUACAUCCAGUGAGGCCUGCUGCACACAUUACACGCAACGCCAACCCGUUAACAGAAUCAAGAUGGUGUCAUGGCUUAUAUUUGUGUGUUUGUGUGUGUGUGUGUGUGAAGGGCUCUGAAGAGAGGCUGCCGAUGUGUGGAGAUAGACUGCUGGGAUGGUGGUGAUGGCGAGCCCAUCGUGUAUCACGGUCACACGUUAACUUCUAAAAUCCUCUUUAAAGAUGUCAUUUCAACGCUGAGAGACUACGCCUUUAAGGUGAGCUCCGUCUGCUGCUGAGAGGUUAACUCACUCUUCGUCUUAGUGGUUCCUGUUAAAACUGUUAACAGCGUGUUCUUGGAAUCACUGUGAUGGAUGCUCCAACUAAACUAAAAUACUCUUGGAGCGAUAAUUCGACGCCACAGAGCACCAGAAAUGAAACUGAAUUCACCACAUUCUUGGCUGCACCAGUUAUAGAUACAGAUGUCAAAACUUUAUAUCUCCAAAAACUAAUGAAAUAAAAACGAUCAGCACGGCUCCACGCUUCCAAAAAGCACUGAAAGUAUGUGUCUCUGAUCAGAAUCAAAGCGAGCCUCACACAUGAACGUCUCUGCUCAGAAAAGUGUGGAGCAGAUGGUGCAGUUGGUAAACUUCCCUGCCCCAGGAAUGAAAUGUACCCAUGCUGACUCAACCACAUGGAAAACAACCAGGAACUUCUCAUGUGUCUCCACUCAAACUUUCCAACCCGACUUAAAGAGAAAACGAUGAAGUUUUUACUUUUGUAGGUUGUGGAAACAUUUGAAAACUCUCUGCACUGAAUCAUAAAUACAUGCAGAUUUUUACUUUUGCAUUUAACCGGGAUGUAAAUCUGUAUUUUGAGAGCAGUGUGUGUCUCCUCUGUCUGAUUUCAUAGGUAUCAGACUUCCCCGUCAUCCUGUCCCUGGAGAAUCACUGCAGCGUGGAGCAGCAGACGGUCAUGGCCCAGCACCUCAGCCAAAUACUGGGCGACACAUUACUGACCUCUCUGCUGGAUGGACAAGUCCCUCAGCUGCUCCCUUCUCCACAGGUUAGUGUCCGACUUCAAUCUGAGCUUCACGGUCUGUGGCUUUAAUAAUUAACGAGCUGGAAAGAGAGAGAUCUCAUAAAUGCCAAUACAUUAGAAUAAAAAUAGACAAAACUCUCACUUAGAUUAAGAAAAGUUGAGAAUCAAAGAAGUCAUCACCUGGUGUCGGGAUUGUGCAACAGCUGUUUUAUUAGGAAAUUGUUGCGUAAGGCAAUGUCAGGGCUGUUACAUCAACAACGUAGUCAUACUUGAAAUCAAUCGUCUGAUCUCUGUUAUUACGCACAUUUAAGUCAUUCUCUUUGGUAAUCAUUAACACGAGAGUGUCAGAGCUAUUACAUGUAAUUUUACCUGCAUGAUUAUCUUUUACUGUCUCUGUGUGUUCAUGUUUUUAAAGCUACAGUGAGGAGUUUUUAACUGGUUCAUGCAGACUCAACAUAAACAUCAACCAGACGUCUGGUAGUCUAGUGUUUCUGCUGAACUCAGUCUGGUCAGGAGGAAUCACAGGUGUCAUUAACCGUUCAGAGACAGUCAAACUUUAUUGGUUUACGUUAGCAUUACUAUCAACCACUCAUCCUAAAAGCAACAGUCUAACUUUCUAACUCUUGUUUUCCAUUAUGCACUCAGGACAAUCAAUGCUAACUUGAACUAAUGGCAGAUAAAUGCAGCGAGGUAGUCCAGAGAGGGUUGUGCCUAUUAAACAGUGGCAGAUUGCUGCAUUUAGUUAGGAGACAGCAAAGUGCUGGAAAAUAUACUAUCCCUGAUGAGUCGUCUGAGAACGGAAGACAACAAGCACUCAGAAACUGUCCAUUUGUCAUGUAGCUGCAGGCUCACACUUGUCUUGCACUUUCAUAAGAUACUAAAGACCAAAUUUGCAAAAACAAAGAAGGGCCAUCACAGAUGGAGAGCAGACGAAUCCCUCUUCUUGUUUCCAUUACAGGAGCUGAAGGGGAAAAUAUUACUAAAAGCCAAGAAGAUCGGGGGUCGAGACAGCUCCGUGGAUGGAGCUCUGACAGACGAAGUCAGCGAUGAGGAGGAGACUGCCAACAGUGAUGCAGAGACUCUGUCUACAGAGGAAACACCUGCUGCGUCUGUGAACCACAGCGCAAAGGUGAGUGAACGGACAAACAGAUAAAUACAGAGAGUGGCUGUUACUGUUUAGAUGAAAUUUUAAAAUGCUGUGUACAAGUGCAUUAAGUAUGGUCCAGAAUGACCCAGUAGAGGGCGCCCUCAUCGUAAUAGAAGACAAAGCUGCCAUCAUACAUGUGAACAGGUUUACCUGAUGUUUAGCAUGCGAGUGGAAAAGGCACCACAUGACAUGGUAUUAAGUAGGGGUGGGAGAAAAAUAUACAGCAUACAGAUACAGCAUAGUAUCGGGAUAUUUUGUCUGGUGAUAUGUUGCAUUGUCUCUUUUACCAAGUUUAACCGCUAAUAUUAAGUUAGAGCAACAAAUAUAUAUAUGGUUUGCAAGAUGUGCUACAUGAAAAUAAAAUACAGCGUUGAUAAGACAAACAUAAAGGAAAGACAAAUGCUAAAUUAGCUAAACAGUCGAUGAUAUCGUAUCGUGGCCCAAGUAUCGUGAUAAUAUCGUAUCAUGGAAUAAGUAUCACGAUAAUAUUGUAUUGUGGCCCAUGUAUUGUGAUAAUAUCGUAUUGUGGCCCAAGUAUUGUGAUAAUAUCGUAUCAAGGUAUAAGUAUCGUGAUAAUAUCGUAUCAAGGUAUAAGUAUCGUGAUAAUAUCGUAUUGUGGCCCAAGUAUCGUGAUAAUAUCGUAUUGUGGCCCAAGUAUCGUGAUAAUAUCGUAUUGUGGCCCAAGUAUCGUGAUAAUAUCGUAUCAUGGAAUAAGUAUCGUGAUAAUAUCGUAUGGUGGCCCAAGUGUUGUGAUAAUAUCGUAUGGUGGCCCAAGUAUCGUGAUAGUAUUGUGUCGUGGGGCCACUAGUGAUUCCCACCCCUAGUACUGAGUCACGGUAUUACGGCAUGCUUAUGUUCUGCAUAGCAUUGAUAUUUGAUUAAUACUUGUACAAUUAUAAUUAUUAUUAUUGGUACAUUUCGACAGCCCUGAAUCAAGAAGUACAUUCAUUUGUAUCUCAUAAGUCCACCUACACAUCAACUACCAGGGUGUUUAAGAGUGUAAAGGCCAACACAAGUGUAAACAGUCAGUCCUCUUUCUGAUGGUUUUGUUUGCUUCUAUUGGCUAAGAAAACAAAAAAGGUAUAAUUUGGAAUUUUAGUUUUAGGAUCGACUCAAACAAACACAUCAAAAGGAACCGUUUAAUCUCUAUUUGGAGGGAAUGAAGCUUGAUAAUGUGGAGAGAGACAGGAAACAGGGCUGGGACUUAAGAGACGGUAUGGCGAGACUACAGAAAAAAUGAGUGAGAUAGUGGAAAGAAACAGGAAACCCUGACAUUUAAAAAAGGCAGAUAUGAGACAAAGGAGAGAGAUAUACAAAUGAGAGAGAAAACAGCAGCUGUGAGAAAAACAGUCCUCUGUGAACAUACAUGACAAUAACGCUGUGCUGCCUCAUAUUUAGAUACCAACAUCAUAAAGCAUUAUUUAAGACGUGCAAAUUUUCAUUUCUAAGCAAAGUAUUCAGAGCAGCUUCGGUGUGUCUCUGCUGGCCUGUUAGAGAUUAAAAGAGCCAUUUGUGGUUUCAACGAUUUAAUUAGAGCGAAUGAGGCGAAGGGCAGGAAUUCUUAUCAUCGUACCCAGAGUUACUUAGAGCUUCAAGGCUUUAAAUGAGCAAUUAUUAACUAAUGAUUUCACUUCGGAGCGGUAAUAUAAUUAAAUAGCUACAUACUGUAAUGAUGACCUGGGACUUUGUCCAUUAUUUAAAUUAAUUUUGUGAAACAUAAUUAAAUGCAUCAAUAAAGGCAUGUAUAUAUUGAAUAUAUAUGUGCAGUUUCAAACUUUUACUCCAGUAGCUGACAUAUUCAUGGUCAUGCUCUCUGAAUAUUAUUAGUUUUUAAAGUGGAUUUCAUUUUCGAUCAACUUUCUACUCUUUUGCAGAAGUCCAAAUCCAAACUGUCUCAGUUCCUGUCAGACUUGGUAGUUUACUGCAAGAGCGUGCACUUCCACGACUUUGAGCAUUCUCGUUUAAACGCCAAGUGCUACGAGAUGUCCUCCUUCUCUGAGUCCAAGGCCAAGAAGCUCGUUAAGGAUGCAGGUACAAUGAGAAUUACAUCAGAAUCAGAUAAGGAGGGAUUUCUAAGUUUUUUUAGGCAACGGCACACAGCAGCUCUCUUCUCUUUGCAUCUCUGUCCAGGGCCAGAGUUUGUGCAGCACAACAAGAGACAGCUGAGCAGGAUCUACCCCGGUGCACUCAGGACAGACUCCUCCAACUACAACCCUCAGGACAUGUGGAACGUGGGCUGUCAGAUAGGUGAGGGGGGUGUCGCCCUCUGCUGGUUACCUCUUUUAAACAGUUUUGUGUUUCCACUCUUUGCAGGUGCUUCUUCAAAUGUAUGACACAAUAUUUUGAAUCUUUUUAAACAUCUUAAAUUAAACAUAUAUGAUAAAGCCAGAACAGUCCAGAAUCACUCUAAUUGUACUGUAAUGUGAUAGUGUGUGUAAGUUUUCCACAUGGAUGCCUAAUCUAGAGAGAUAGCACCCACCGCCCUGCAGAGACGUCAGGGUUCAGGGUCAGUCACAGACCAUCACCCUGCAGCUGGGGGAGUCUGACCGCACAGAUGUUUCCUGUCAUAGAAGCUCAGAUGGAUGUGGUCUGUUCAGGAUCAGAGAGACUACCGCUGGACUUAAGUGACCUCUGAUUGCUGAACAGACUGAUGACUCUGCAUCUGGGAAAUCCCACGUUACAGCCGACGGUUAAUUGCAUUAUCUCUCUCUCACUUUUCCUGUUUCUCAAAGUGGCUCUGAACUUCCAGAAAGCCGGUCUGGAAAUGGAUCUGAAUGAUGGGCUGUUCCGGCAGAACGGCUGCUGCGGCUUCGUCCUCAAACCUGAAUUUAUGAGAGACGAAGGCACUCAGUUCAGUCCGGAGAGACCAGAGGAGCGGCAGGGCUACAAACCACUGCGCUUAUCCAUACAGGUUCAAAUCAGUCCACUGUUUAAGAAUUCAAAUGUACGACUUUUAAAGUGUUUAAUUUUCUGAACCUAAGAUGCAAAUAUACGUCUGUGUGUGUCUCAGGUGAUAAGUGGACAGCAGCUGCCAAAGGUGAACCCAAAGGAGGGCUCCAUUGUGGAUCCUCUGGUCAGAGUGGAGGUCUACGGAGUGCCAAAGGACCAGGCCAAGGAGGAGACCAACUACAUUAACAACAACGGUUAUUAAGAGAAUCUGUUUAUGAAGAUGGUUCUGGUUAUAAAAGGCCAAAAAGAACAAAAAGUUAAAGUUUUGCAUGAAGAAUUAAGUUAAAAUGUGAAGAAUUUGGAAGUUUAAGUCUAAAUCUGUCGUCCUGAUGUUCUGAUUUUAUGGACAGCUGCUAAAAUUUCCUCUUAAUGCAUGAAUAUUCCUCCUCUUUCUUUCUGUCUUUCUUUCUGCCUGUUCAUCAUCUCUACUUUGUCUCUGCUGCCCUCUGCCUGCAGGUUUUAAUCCGGUGUGGAAUGAAACUUUAAAUUUCAUCAUCCACGCUCCGGAGCUCGCUCUUGUUCGCUUCGUGGUGGAGGAUCAUGACAAGGCAUCCAAGAAUGACUUUGUCGGACAGUUUACUCUUCCCUUUACGUGCAUCCAAGCAGGUGAGCAGAAGACAAACUCAUAACAACUGUAUUAAAAAAAAAUAUAUAUAUAUAAUAUUUACGUCUCUCCUCUCUCAGGGUAUCGACACAUCCACCUCCUGUCUAAAGAUGGAACAGCGAUCCCUCCCUCCUCUCUCUUCAUCAACAUCAGCAUCUCAGAGCUCACAUGAAGAAGAAUCCUGAGGGUCUAAAGAGACAGAGCUGGAGACACUCCUUGUUUACAUUUGCCUGAAGAUGGAUGACAACAGCAUGCACUAAUACCUUUAAUUAAUAUUGCUGAUAUCUGUACUCAUUAUGAAAUAAUCUCAGCUUUGCAUCACGCUGGUUUAUCUAGAGUGAAGUGCCUGCUUGAGUUUUUUUAUUUACAGAUGUAUAAAUUCCACAUGGUUAUGUUGUGUAUAAUGUAAAUGUGUGUAAAUACAGGCCUGUAAAUACGUGCGGUGCAUUUUCUGACUGGUUUCUGACCAUGGGAGUAAAAUUCAUUCAUUAACAAACA